AUGAAUAGAGAUUCUUCUUCAAACAAUAUUAUAACUAAGUUAGUGCAAGAGAAUGAAGAUAUUGUUUUAGUACCUCUCCUUUCAUCGAAUCAACAAUCAACUGACGAUUUAUUGGUUAGUGAACAUAAUUUACAAGAUUCCCAAUCAUUUUGUUCUAUGUAUAUUUCGAGAAUGAUAAGGUUUCGCAGUCCAAUGAGUCUACGAUCAUCUCGUGCGUGUUGUUUUGAAGCAUUGAAAAGUAUUCCGGUAGUUUUUAUUCUUUCCAUUGUCGCAUGGUCUUAUUAUGCAUAUGUUGUACAAAUGUGUAUCAUAACUAUUGACAAUAUUCCAAAAAAAGUUAUAUAUUUAUUUAUUUAUCAUCCAUUAUUAUUUCUCUUCCUAUGGUCUUAUUAUCAAACAAUGUUUAAACCGUUAGCUGGGCCACCUGGCAAAUUUUAUGUUGGUGAAGCAGAAGGUGAACGUAUAGCAACAGCACAAACAUUAGAUGAACGACGUAUGACUCUUCUUCGUUUUUGUCGACGUGCGAAUUUACCUGUACUAACACGACAUUUUGAUGGAAGUAUUCGCUAUUGCUUUUUAUGUCGAUGUAUAAAACCAGAUCGAGCUCAUCAUUGUUCUAUAUGCGGAAAAUGCGUUCUUAGAUAUGAUCAUCAUUGCCCAUGGACGAAUAGUUGUGUUUCAUAUGCAAAUUAUAAAUUCUUUGUGUUAUUUCUCGGAUGGGCAUUAUUAUUUUGUAGUUACGUUGCAGCUACUUCGUUAGAAUAUUUUAUUGUCUUUUGGCAGGGUAUUGCAAAUGCUCGAGGGGAUGGAGGCGAUUCAACAUCCCCAGGUGGAAAAUUUCAUUUACUUUUUCUGUUUUUCGCUUCGAUCAUGUUUGCCAUUAGUGUAUCAUCUUUAUUUUUCUAUCAUUUAUAUUUAAGUGGAAAAAAUCGAACUACACUUGAAUCAUUCCGAGCACCAAUAUUUUCUGAUGGACCACAGAAAGAUGGUUUCAACUUAGGAUACAAACAGAAUUUUCAAGAAGUAUUUGGAAAAACUUUACUCUCUGCAAUAAUACCAAUAUGGACAACACGAGGUGACGGAGUUCAUUAUCAAGUAAAUAGUUUACUUCUUGGUGGUUUGCAACAACAACAACAAUUUGGUGGUGUAAGUAAUGAUGUUCUUGUGCCACUCGACACAACAGCGAAUUCAAUGAACAAUGAUCACAAUUAUCUGUUAAAUGAAAAUAACAAAUAG